GAUGGGAUUCAGGUUGUCAGAUAUGAUAUCAAAUGCCUGGUUUUACAAGCUCAAAGACAUGAACAAAGGCCGAAAACAAUACAGCAACAAAAAACCUCCCACAUCACAAAACCCCCACAAUUCCAAGCAUUACAAAGCAGGCAGAUUACAAGAUUUUGAAGCCUCACCAAGAAAAUCAUUGACGAGAAGAACAGUUUACAAGCCUUCUCCCACAGUCAUUUCCUCCGCAUCUUCUAGUUUAAGAAGCCAUGCCAUACCCAUGCUGAACAACCCUACUCAUCACUCUUCUCUUUCUCCAUUGGAGGGUUCCCCUGAAACACCCCAUUCUCUUUAUCAGACUUAGAGGACGACGAUUUUUUAGCUCCUCUACCUGCACCAGCCUUGUACUUCAAUUCUUACAACUGUCAACUUAGAUCGUCCACUACGGAUAUCAUCAUCGACAUGCAAAAUACAAGUAAAAUUGACAAGGCAGAUGAACGGGCCAUAGCGUUGGCAAGUUCAUCUAGGUUAGAGGAGACUAAAUCACGUGCAUCUCUCAUUCGCAAAGAGCCCAGAAGUAGUCCUCUUGCGAGGAAGUCAUUUCGAACUUCUCCUGGAAUAAAGCUUCGGCCAAAUUCUCCGAAAAUUUCAAGCAAGAAGAUUCAAUCAUAUGCGCAAAAGAGCCAAUCACCUACGUGCUUCAAGUCUUGGAAUAGAAGCAUCGUAGAAAGUUUUGCGGUCGUCAAGUCUUCGCUAGAUCCACAGAGGGACUUCAAGGAUUCAAUGAUUGAGAUGAUCGUGGAGAAUAACAUUAGGAGUUCCAAGGAAUUAGAACAUCUUCUUGCUUGUUAUCUUUCACUCAAUUCUAACAAAUACAGUGAUCUUAUCAUUAAGGCAUUUGAGCAAAUAUGGGUUGAUAUGACUAACCCAUGCCUGUAA